AUGGCGGCGCCGUCUCUAGACCCCUUCCGCCGCUCGGCCAUUUGUUCCAAAUGUAAAACGGAGCGCAACUUUUUCGGCCCUAAUGAGGCUCCGAUUUUCCAGUUCGAGUGCCGCGCUAUAGGUUAUGCGGCGCGUCCUCUCAUAGGGAUUCCCGUUUUGUCUGUUUCAUUGGUUGGGAAAGACCGCGAACAAAACGGGAAUUUUCCAAAAGAGGAGGCCCCCCCAGUCUAAUGGUGCCUCCCCUGUGGUGCGGCGCAAACGGGUGACGCCUUGCCGGUCGUGUCAGAGCGUUGGCUUGACAAGUAUAAGGGGCGCUGGAAGUCUGUCCCUCCGCCUUUGACUCCCGGCUGGGAUGCAGCGGUAGAACUUAUCAAGGAGAAGCAGCGCGCUGCAAAAAAUGUUGGGACAGCUUUCGGAGGAGAUCGCAGCGCUUCGUCGAAAGGCACCGGCCGCCACGUUUCGCAGCGCAAGUCGUACUGGCAGUCGGGUGAUCCGCGUCCAGGUGUACCCGAUCCCAGAUUGGAAACCCCCUUGGCAGAGGCCCUUGGCAUGCUUGGCUCGCCUCCGCCAGAUGAUUUCGGUGCGGCCCGGGCGGAGGUUAAGACCCGUGGGAAAGUGUUGAAGCGUGUUGCGGAUCCCUCAGAGGUCCCCGCGCCUUGUAAGCGCUUGAAGCGGGCGGCCGUUGGAGGCCUAGAGGGUCGCGAUGCUACCGCGGGGGGAGACUGCGGCAACGUUGGUGGGCCGAGCACGUCUUCCACCUUGGCCCCAGCGGAGGGCGCGCUCGUAGGCGGCGCCGCGUCUAGUAAUCGCCGCGGAAUGAUGAGGGCAGCAGUGGAGAGGGUACUUGGGACCGCGGUCUUCAAUCCCGACGGGGACGCGCGCUCCCGUCUUGUGGCCGCGGAUGAUCUAACUGAAGCAGAGAAAGCCGACCUUGUGCCACAGUUGGACGAUGAGGGGGACAGCGAGUGGGUCGUGCGUCGUAAAUACAAGAAGCGGUGCCGAAAGCGGGCAAAUGAAGAGGCGGAGCUUGUGAUGCUGCAGGAGCUCGUUAACGCACGCACUUGCAGAAUCUCCACGCAGGACGUUUUGGAACGCAUGCGCUUCUCCUGUCCGAAUUUCCAUCAUGCUCAUGAAGAUUCGGAGCGCGCCGCCGUGAGCCGCAUGUUUUCUGCUUAUGAGUGUUAUAAUACGCUAACGGCAAAAACGUGUGGCCUGAAUGCAUUACCGAAGAAGAAGCCGAAGGCCGCCGGUGCGCGUUAUAAUCGGUUGAAGAAGGUUGAGGCACUUUUCGACACCUGGGCAUCUUGGCGCCUGUUGAAGCACAAGAUCCGGGCGAGGAUUGAUGAGCUAAAGGCGGCCAACCCCUACGCGCUUCUUCCUCAUGGUGGAAAGGACUCGGGGAGGGGCGCAGCAAGUGUUCCGUGGCACAGUCACGUGGAGAUGUUGAACAUGGACGAGGUCAACAUCCUUAAAAAAUAUGGAACGCGUGGGGGGUAUUGCUUGCUGCCGUCGUCAGUGCCCGUGGACUCUUCGGGAUUGCAGCUGCACGAUGUGCGCGCCGAUAGCGGGACAAUUUUGGCACAGGUGGGCUCAGCGGCGCACAUUCCUUUGCGUGCUCCUCCAGUGGUCUUACCGGCGUCGUACUACGAUGGAGUGAGUGCGAAUGUGAAGGAGCGCCUGGCCAAAGCGGUGCGAGCCAUUUCGAGCUUUGGCGCCGCUUCGGUGUCUCCCAAGAACAUGCGGAACGGAUACAGCACCCGAGGCAUUUUCCAGGAGUAUGUGGCCAGUGUGAUGAAGCAGAAACGCGAGUACGAAGCGCAGCAUCGCCGGCGUUUUGUCCUGGUCUUGCUCAUAGACGACAGCAACACGCACAAGCUUUCGGAAUAUGAGAUGGAUCGAUAUCAGAACGAUGAACUGAUCUACUUCCUUCGUGUAGAAGGUGGCGCAACGUCUUUGGCCCAGCCAGUCGACCUGGGGCGCGCGGCCUUAGAUAUUCACCGGACCGCACGCCGCGCCAAUGCGGAGAAAGAGGCGGUGACCUUUGAGGAUGAAGGGCUGUGGCGUGAGUUGGAGCAAAUGAAGCGAGAGUGGAACGGGUGGCACUUUUUCGAGUCGGCGGGCCUCAGCUUGCUGCAUGAUGAUCCGCGUCAAAUUCCGCUGCAUCCGAGUGUGGCGAGUUUCUUGAUUAAGAUUGGCCUUCCCGUUGGCUUUGGGGUCUGGUGCCUUCUCUGGCGACGUGCUUCGAAAAGAAGCGCGUCCUCCGAGAAUGUCGAAGACCGCAGAUUGCCAAAGGAGUGCCGCCGCUAAUUUAUACUUCACGAAGGACAUCCACCCCCGCGAAUUCGCGCAGCUUUGGGCGAGGUUUCUCGCGACUUUGAAACUCGACGGAGCGAGUGCGCCAGUAGUGGCGUAG